AAAAGAAGGGAGGGAAAGGAAAAUAAAUAAAUAAAUAAAUAAAUAGAAAAUCGAAGCCCACCGCGAGGCUGUGGACAGUCGCGAUCCGGCGCGGGCGGCUCCGGCUGAAGAUGCAUCUGGUUCGGAGCUGCAUCCUCCUCCUCCAGGGGAGCAUCUCCCUGCUGGUGAUCUGUUCCGGCCAAGGAGAACCAGGGAAAGGCAUAGAGCAACGUGAACCCAAGAGCCAGGAGAGAGAUCAAGUGCAGAAGAUGAGAGGGCUGCUCUCUCCAAAGUCCCUCUUAACUCCAACCUUACUGCAGAACACGACCCUCCUGGACCUGGUGAGCAGCUCGCGGGAGUUAUGGGAUAUCCUGGACACGCUGUCCGAGCGGGACCACGCUCCACACCCCAGAGGACAAAGGGACUUGGGGCCGGCCUCGGGCAAGCUUAAAAAGAUUUUUGGCUGGGGAGAUUUCUAUUCCAAUAUCAAGACAGUGAAGUUGAACCUCUUGAUCACCGGAAAGGUGGUUGAUCAUGGGAAUGGCACAGUCAACGUCUUCUUCCGACACAACUCUACCGGACAAGGAAACAUCUCAGUCAGCCUCGUCCCCCCAACCAAGACAGUGGAGUUUGACCUGGAGCAACAGAUCUUCAUUGAGGCCAAAGAAUCCAAAAUCUUCAACUGCCGCGUGGAGUACGAGAAAGUCGAUCGUGCCAAGAAGACCACGCUCUGCACUUAUGACCCAUCUAAGACCUGCUACCACGAGCACACCCAAAGUCACGUCUCCUGGGUCUGCUCGAAGCCCUUCAAAGUCAUCUGCAUCUACAUCACCUUCUACAGCAUAGACUACAGGCUGGUGCAGAAGGUGUGUCCUGACUACAACUACCACAGUGACGUUCCCUACUACCCCUCGGGAUGAGGCGCUCUGCCCAGCUCAGGAUGCCCCGGUGACAAGUGGGUGCUGGGGGGCGGGGGGAGGGACGGGGACGGUUCUGUAAGCAGGGGCGGGAGCGCGGCGGUCCCUAGAAACCAGAAGCGAGGAAGGAAGAGGAGGAUUUUUCUGUUUUCCCAAAAAGCUCCAAUGUCAAGAGAAGGAAUUGUAGGCUCUGGGGUACCGGCAUUGCUGAAUCCAGCCUGGAUCCAUGGUCUUUAGAGACUGGUGCGUGAAGGCAGGGUCUGAAUCGAGGAUACAGAAAACGGGACACAAAAACACGAUCGGGACUUGUUUUUUCUCAGUGCAAUAAUGGAUUUGCCUGGAGCUUCGCCACAUGGUCCUAAAAGGUUGGUGGCCA